UAGGCGGGUAAGCGGUCUCUCGGUACCACCAACUCAGAGUGUUCUUUCCCACUGAUGAUCGUCCUCAUUUCAAUGAUCAUGAUUUUCCUGUUCCUGGAUACCUGAUUGAACCGGAUGGGUUCCUAUUGCUGCAGUCAAAGGAGAAAAACGUAAAGCUGACGAAGGACAAGCUUGACCGGGAAUUGUUGAAGUACCAUCAACUGGACCUCUGUGGGUCUAUAACCGCUGCGUGAAGAAUACAUCUACGACUAUUGUUGACCACUUACAUGAUUUGAAUCACACCCUGGUUUAUUCAAACCUCAAGAAGCCAGUCCUUGCCUUGGUCACAGAUGGUGGCCCUGACUGGACACCCAAGUCUAAUCUGAAUCAGUUUUUCCUGGGCAGGUUUUGGAUGGACAACAACUUUGAUAUGCUAGUUGUUGUCUGCAAUGCUCCUGGAUUUUCCCGUUAUAAUCCAAUUGAGCAUCUUUGGUCACCAUGCUCAAAAUGGUUAGCUGGUGUAUCACUGCCAUCAUGUCUUCCUGGAGAAACUGUUGCACCUGCACUACAAAAUGUCAGCUAUGAGGAAAGACGCACAAAGGAAGACCAGGUCUUCAGUAAUGCCCUGGAUCAACUUGACAUAUACUGGGACGGCAAGUUUCAUGAUGGUUUUCGUGUGACCUCUGUAGGUGUCAAGAGUGGCGUCUCCCAUGCCCCAACGUUAACCAGAUAUAGCCAAGGUGACUAUGAGAAUGUUAAAAAUAUGUUGAAGAGCAGUCUUCGGGCCAUCAAGGCAGAUGAAGUCAAGAUGCAGCUCUUGGAGGAAUGGAGGUAUCUGGUGAAGCACAUGGACAGGAGAUGGGGUAUGGUCUGUUUUAGAAAGGGAUCCUGUAGAGAUGACUCUUGUAAAUGCAUGACCAAUGGCUUGUCUGCAACGAGUGUCAACAAAGUCCCAUGUUCUGAUACAUGGUGCCUGCCACCAGUUACGCCAGACACAGACAACCCAGGUCACUACUUGACAUAUAGGCAGACGUUGUCCGCCUUGUGCAUCAGCAAGCCAGAUCAACACCUUAAAGAUGUCAUGACAGAUCGGUGUCCAAGGUGCCGGUAUGUGUUCACCAGCCAAGCAGAUCAGCACCGCCACAUACAAUUAGUCCAUGGUGGAAAUCGAGUAUUAAAUGAAAUCUCUGGAAGUGAACCAGUGCCAAAGAAGUCUACAUAUCGCUGUGUUGUGUGCAGUCAAGAAUACCAUUCAAAAUACCAGCUUCAAAAACACAAGAAUGAGUCGGGCCACACAGUAGGAAGAGGGAGACCAAAGAAGACCAAUCCAGCCAGUACGUGUACCCAGCAGCCAGGAUAAUGACACUUCAAUAGUCAAAUGUGAAACUUCAAUUAUACACUAUUAAAAUUAGAUAUCUGUGCAUUAUUGUUAAUAAUAAAUACGAAAAACUUUCUGUGUAUCAAGUAUGGGCCUAUUGAAGCAUGUAU